AUCAUCCUCCGCUUUGACAGAUUGCGUGAGGCAUCGGGUAGGAUCCACGCUGAAUUUCAAUCGUACUAUAAUACUUUUUAUGGAUUUAUACCUGCGCAACUAUACUUUCUCUUUUAGGACGAUGGCUUUUGUUUCAUGUCGAACCGUUAAGGCAUUUAAUAGGCACUUCAUUUAGGUUUGCUUUAUUUCCGCUGUACUUCGGCAAACAUUUAAUGACAUUUGAUUUGUAAAUUAUACAUCAGUCCAAACACGGACCUCCAAUGUUUUUGUUUUUAAACAAUCGCACCUUAUCGAGGGAUGCCGUUUCCAACGCACACGACGUCUACUACAUUUACAUGAAUAUGUGACCAUUGACUCGAAGAUGACCACGAGGAGGCUUUUUCAUGCUUUGCCUGUCAUUGCUUUGACUUUUUUCGUCCUGGUUGUGCUGAAUUUGCAACUGCGCACCCGGAAUGACCUACAGCCUGGCGCGCAUCUUGCGCACGGACUGGUUCGGAGUCAGGCGCACUCUGCUUGGAGGACCGCUGCCAAAAAUGAUGCAGUCUCCGACGAACACGAGCCAGCAGCUCAAAGUUGGAAAGAGAGUAACCCAAAAUCACUUCUGGAGAUCAGUGAUAUCUUCAUUGGUGUGAAAACCACUGGCAGGUUCCACAAAACCCGCCUUGCUCUGCUGUUGGAGACCUGGAUCUCCAGAACUAAAGACCAUACGUUCAUCUUCACGGACAGCUCAGAUGAAGACACUUCACUUGAAGGAUUUAAUGUCGUGGUCACCAACUGCCCGCCAGAACACAGUCAUCAAGCUCUGUCCUGCAAGAUGGCCGCCGAGUACCACCACUUCAUGGCCUCUGGAAAAAAGUGGUUUUGUCAUGUUGAUGAUGAUAACUACUUGAACCCUGGAGCUCUCCUGUCUCUCCUCUCUGGCUUCCCGGCGGACAGUGACAUCUACGUGGGCAAGCCAAGCCUGGAUCGACCAAUGAGAGCUCACGAGCUUCUGGAAGGAAAUAAGACGAGGGAAGUCCGUUUCUGGUUCGCUACAGGAGGGGCCGGUUUCUGUCUGAGCAGGAAGUUGGCUGAGAGGAUGGCACCCUGGGCAAGUGGUCCCAGGUUCGAGCAGACCUCUGCAGUUAUAAUGCUUCCUGAUGAUUGUACGGUGGGCUUCAUAGUUGAGAUACGUCUGGGCUUCUCUAUGGUCCAUAGCAACAUGUUUCACUCCCACCUGGAAAACCUCCUUCGUCUUACCCCCAGUGAUAUCCCGAAACAGGUCACUUUAGGUUAUGGAUGGUUUGAGAAUAAAUUGAACAGCGUGGAACUCAAAGGAGUUUUUACCGAAGAUGAAGAUCCGUCCAGGUUCAGGACAGUCCACUGUCUUCUGUACCCUACAACAAGCUGGUGCCCGGUUGCUCAUAAUAACAAGCUGUCAUGGAAUCAACAAGUCCUUCCAUGAUGCAAUCCCUACCAUAGUGGGAAAAAUCUCUUUGUUCUGUUGAACACAAAAGAAGAUAUUUUGAAGAAUGUAGGAAAGCAAACAGAUCUGGGGCACCAUUGACUACCAUUGUCAUUUUUCCUACUAUGGUAGUCAAUGGUGGCCAAGAAACGCUUGGUUACAAGCAUUCUUCCAAAUAUCUUCCUCUGUGUUCAUCAGAACAAAUACAUUUAUACACAUUUGGAAAAACUCGAGGGUGAGGAAACAGAAUUUUUGUUUUUGGGUGACUGUUUCUUUAACAGAAGAGCUGCCGCUCGCAGAAGUACAGACUAAAUAUCAACUCAAGAGCUCAACUUUUUCCUUUAUUGUGGCCCAAAGGAAAAGCCCUGUGAACUUCAUAAUAUCAGUUUAUGUACUCUGCAAUGGUGGUGUGUGUCUGUGCUUUAGUCCGAAAGCUUGUUUAAAGUCCUGCACAGUGAUGAAAUUGUCCCGUCGGGUGGCCUGGGGGAAACGUCGAAACCUCAAUUUAACUGAGCCAGCAUGUGUUUGGAAUGAUUAUUGGACCGUAUUUUCAUAGUAUUUCAACUGUUUGACACUUUAAGUGUAACUUCUGUUUACACAUUGCACAUGAGGAUUCCAUUCCUAGAUAGUUCUUACAGUUAGUUACUAAAUAUGUUGUGUAUCAUGUGUGUCAAUGCACUAUAUAUUUUUUAAAGCAAACAGAAAUAUUAUUGUGGUAAAUUCAAUACCAACGACAAUUUAGUUUGCUUUUCAAAUGUGAACAAAUUAACGAUUUUAGCUUUUUUAUUUUAAUAAAUAUUUAUUUUAGCUGUUUUAGCAACAUGUGACAUGAUAAAAAGUGACAAUAUUUCAGCACAUUGUUUGGAGAAACAAAAAAAGGUGUUUAUAUUAUGUUUCUUUAGUAUGUGACAGAUGCUUGUUUUUUAUUUGAAUAAUCAACAUUUCAAAUCAAAUUGCUUUUUAUUUCAAAACAGGGUCCUCUGUUUUUUUAUUACUAUACUGUAUUAUUCUACUUGCACUGUACAUUACUGCUGUAAUAUAUUUUCAGUUGUAGCCUAUGUCUACCAUGCUAAGUCAAAAACAGUGACUUAUCAUAGUGUUUGUUAAAUAAAGACUAUUUUCUAUAUAAAUGUAAUGAAUUAUUUCAAAAUAUGCACAUGGGUCAUUGACAAAUACAUUAAAUGUGUCGGUGUGACAGCAAAAAUGUAGAAAAAAUAACAAUGAAGAUACAUCUUUCUUAUGCGAUUUUAUAUUAUACAUAUCAGUAAUAACCGUUUAAAAUAUCAUUUUAACAGUAUUUUAAUUUUGCUACACCACAGGACACAUGCACAGUAUUUUUGUCAACUUCCCAUGUGUGCCCUAAGGGUGACAUAAACAUGCACAGACCCUUUAAGGAAAACAGUUUGACACCGCCCCUUUUAUAACAACCUGCCAAUCAACAGAUCCAUCAAACAGCCAAUGAGGUGGAAGCAAUUGUGAAGAUUUAAAAUGUGGUAGGCCAAACUCUUGUGGUUGCAUGUGCUGUGUGAAAUGGUUUUAUUGUGUUGUUUUUGUAACUUCUUUUAUUGUGAAGAGGACAGAGAUCUAAUUUGAAAUCUUGGCCUGUGUUUGUUUAUUUGUUGGGUAAAUUGAGUAUUUAUUUUGGAUUGGUUUGUUGAUUGUUGUUUUGAUUUUGUGCUUUUUUGCUGUCUUAUAUUCUCUAUCUGUCUGUCUGUCGAUAUGUCUUCAGACUUUCACUCCAUAUAAUCUAGUUUCACUCCAUAUAUUCAACCAAUCAUACAGUAUUAUAAAUACUUAUAAAUUAUAAAUUAUUUUGUACUUAUAAUAAAACAUAUUAAGUAGUGUUGCCAUAUUUUUGUUCUUUAAAUAGUUUUUCCACUGUACAAAAUAACAAAUAAAAGUAUGGUAUUCAUC